UUAUUUUACCCAGAUAAAUUCGACCACCAAAGUAGUAUGACUAUGGCCUAUGCGAAGUGGUUGCAUUCCUCCGCCCUUUCUCAUGCUACCGUCCCUACAACUAGCCCCCGACGGGAUACCAUUCCGGCAACCUUCCGGCCAACCACUUCGUCCGACCGACCGUUGUUUUUCUCUUCGAAUUACCGAUACAGACCUCCGGCAAUCGCCGUUCAAGCACAGGCCAAACGAGGAUUGUUACAAAAAACCGAAGAGGAAGCAGCUUCACCGGAUGAUGUGCAGUUUGAAGGUCCACUUAACAUUGUGUUGUAUCCGGACCCUAUACUGAGGGCAAAGAACAAGCGUGUUGUUACGUUUGAUGAGAAUUUGAAGAAGUUAGUAGAUGAAAUGUUUGACGUGAUGUACAAAACUGAUGGCAUUGGGCUCUCAGCACCCCAAGUUGGAGUUAAUGUUCAACUUAUGGUGUUUAAUCCAGCUGGCGAACGAGGCGUAGGAGAAGAGAUAGUUCUUGUAAACCCACGAGUCAUCAAAUCUUCUAAAAAGCAGGUUCCAUUUGAAGAAGGCUGCUUAUCCUUUCCAGGGAUCAAUGCUGAUGUGGUGAGGCCAGAAGCUGUUAAGGUUGAUGCACAAGACAUUACUGGUGCAAAGUUUUCAGUUAGCUUGUCACGUCUCCCCUCCCGUGUUUUCCAACAUGAAUAUGAUCAUUUGGAGGGUAUACUCUUCUUUGACAGAAUGACUGCAGAAGUUGUCGAGAGUAUCCGUGCAGAACUACUGGCAUUGGAACAGAAAUAUGAGGAUAGGACCGGACUGACGAGACCCGAAAGUGUAGAAACCCGCAAAAGAUGGAAAGCAGCUGCUGGAUUUGGAAGAUCUUGAUACGAGUGAGGGCGUUAUUGUAAUUAUAUUAUAUUACACUCAAAAACAUUUCUUUAGUCUGGAUUGGCAGAAAACUGGUGGAGAUAACCCUUAGAAUUGGUUGAAAUAUCAUAGUACAAAAAAAAUCUAAUUAGAUUUUAUUUUGGGGAAA